CACACUCUCUCAUACACGCACUCUAUCACACACAUACACACACACGGGAUACUAGGGCGCACUACGUAGUCGUGUAGUGUGCGGUUUGGGACGUGACCAUCGGCAUCCUGCGCGUCCAGGGCGCAGCCGUGGGUCCGCUUAUUUAACCAGUCGCGCGCACGAGCUGGACGGAACUGUUCGGUUGUCGCGCGAUCCGGUUACCGUCACAGCACCAACAUCAACACUCCGCUAAUGACCUCCUAAGGAAGAAGGUCUUCCUGCUUUUGCACUGGAUAUAACUGCAUCCAGUCAUAAGGAGGUCUGUUAUUGAGUGGGCUAAAAUAACAGAUUUUUAAAAAGACAAUGCGAAAAACCAACUGAAAGUGCAUGAGGCGGAAAAUGAGAUUGAAAGCUGAGAUAAAUAUGGAUGUCGAGGAAGAAAAUUGCUUUCUAUCAUCCCGAAGUGCCCUUUUCCCAGUCUAACACUGCUGGACUUUCCCCCUCGUAUACAUGGUGAUGACAUGGGCUCCCCUGAGCACCCAGGAUCAGAGCUGUUGUCCCCGGUGGGCAGGUCUGAGGUCAGUAUGCCGGAGUGGGAGCGGGACUCAGAUGAAUGGGAGAGGCAGUUACAGAGGGAACUCCUGCUGAUCCAGAGGCAGCAGCAGAUCCAGAAACAGCUGCUCAUUGCCGAGUUUCAGAAACAACAUCAGGCAUUACUGCGACAGCACCAGGCUCAGCUACAGGAGCACAUCAAGCUCCAGCAGGCAUUGUUGACCCUCCGACAGCAGCAGGAGGCUCUCGCAGAAGAGCGCACGCCUGAAAUCGAGAUAGAUGAGGAGAUUGAGGAGGUGCAGGGAGAGGAGCUGGAGCGCCACAGGAGAGAGCAACAGCAACACCCACACCUCAACCACAGGAAGAAGGAGCGCAGCAAAGAGAGCCCGGAUCUUUUUCCUUCAGGUGCUAUGGCCAGCACUGAGGUGCGACAAAAACUGCACGACUUCCUGCUGAAUAAAUCAUCUAAAGACACGCCUGCAUCUGGUCACCCACUCAACCAGCGUGCCAAACUCUGGUACAUCACCAGCCAGCAUAUGUCCAUGGAGCAGAAGUCUCCUCCUUUAGGAGAGAUGCCUCCUACGUUCAGAUCCCCUCUGCCCUCUGGCCUGGACACCAGGGAGGAGGACUUCCCCCUCAGGAAGACGGCAUCGGAACCUAACCUGAAGGUGCGCUCACGACUGAAGCAGAAGGUUUCUGAGCGGAGGAGCGGCCCUAUCCAGCGCCGCAGAGAUGGCAGCGUUCUCGUCACGCCACCUAAGAAACGCCCGCUGGAGCUCAGUGACUCCUCAGCCAAUGACAGCUCUCCCAGCUCUGGACCCAGCUCUCCCAUUGGCUUAUGCAGCAAUGAGAACGGCACAAGCUUCCAGGCUAGCUCCGCCCAAAUGGAGAAGUAUUUACCACAGGGAGGAUUUCUGAAGGCAGACGGCUCUCUCACUCUGUUGAACCUCUACACGUCACCUUCCCUUCCUAACCUUACCUUAAGCCUCCACUCUGGGCCUUCGCCAAUCAGCCCUGCUUCAUCUGUAAAGGAGCGAGCAGGUGAAGCGAGCUCUGUAUCUGCUGCCUCCCGGGAGCCGAAGGUGAACACCAGCCAUCAGGCUCUGCUGCAGCACCUGUUACUGAAAGAACAGACCAGACAGCAGAAGAUACUCUCAUCCGGCAGUGUUUCAGUUCUUCCCCAGUCUCCUCUGGUGAUGAAGGAGCGCUCAGGCGGAGGAUCUCGUCCCAGGCUGCCUCGGCACCGGCCCCUGAACCGGACCCAGUCUGCGCCGCUUCCCCAGAGCACUCUGGCUCAACUCGUCCUCCAGCAGCAGCACCACAACUUUGUGGAGAAACAAAAGCAAUACCACCAGCAGGUCCACAUGAACCAGGUGCUAUCACAGUCUAUCGAGCAGCUGAGGAACCCCACCGCUCACCUGGAGGAGGACGAGGAGGCGAGAGCACUGGAGCUCACGCUGCCCCCUGCUGGAGUCAUCCGGAGCCACAGCAGCAGCAGCAGCAGCAGCAGCAUUCACUUAGAGAGCGGCGUCCAGAACGAGACCUCCAGCACCCCAGCCAGCGUGAUCAGGGUGAAAGAAGAGCCACUGGAUCCUGAGAGCAGGAUGGAGGAAGGUGGAAGGAGUGGAGGAGUGGCAGGAAGAAGGGAUGAACGAAACGAAAGAGGAGAGGAGCCGAUGAAAGAGGUCAAGUCUGAACAGAAUGUAGAGAAUAUGACCGAGACGGACGUCUGAGAACGAGAAGAGGAUGAACGAAAGAGCGUCAGAGAGAAGGAUAGAAAGAGAGAAUGAAUACAAUCAAAAGCUUCAGAGAAAGAAAGAAUAAAGGAGAAGUGAAAGAGUAACGAGUGCAGGAGGGCGAAAGCACCUUCCUGUCUCAAUACAGAGCUCUUUACUCUUUUUCUCACAUUUCUCAUCACCUCCUUUUGUCUUUUCAUUCUUUUUUUUCUGAACUUAUGGAAAAAAUUGAGAUCAUUACCACUGACCACGUUAUCCCAGGCAAUCGCAAUGGUUAUGAAUGUGAUAUUACAGGUGAGAUCAGCAAUGUGACAGGUUUUAAAGAUGGAUAGAGUUUCUAUAACAUAUACAGAAGACGCAACGUUAAAUAUAUUAAAAUUGACUUAUAGGGUCAUUCAGCCAAGCACAGGGGCAACAUUAGUGUUCAUGUUUCUCUUUAACAUUUAUCAAAAACAGUUUCUCCUACACAUGUUUAACAUUGGGUUAAGAUCAGGUGAGACAUGGUGAAAGCCACAGCAUGUGAUUUACAUAACUACAUCAUCCUCAUCAAACAGUGAGUCGUCAUGUCCUGUAGAUAUGGGGGCGGAGCCAUCCUGGAAGAGACCACGCCCACUGGGAUAGAAAAGAACCAAGAAGAACUUUGUACUGAUGUAGAGUGACGUUUCGCUUUCUGAGGGGACAAGCGGAGCCAAGGCAUGGCAUUGCAAAUAAUCAAUUUCCCUCACUGCAUAGCAUUAAGGGACGGAGUGUUGAGCUUGAUUUUAAUGGAAGUGUGCAGAGGACGAAUGUGCCAAACUGUUAUAAUAGACUUCUGGAUGUGAGCUUACAGCCUUAAUUAGUUUCUCCUCCAUCCUCCCUAACAUCCAUGUGACUGAGGAAACAUUUCUUAUGAUUAUUCAAUUCGCUUCUAUUCGCUGACACAUGUCCAAAAAGGUUAGAUCAGCCCAUUAAAAAUGAUUGACUGUUUGCCGGCUUGGGAGUGUAAUUUUUGCACAUUGCCUUGUGUUGAUGAUCAGCAUUGAACAUUGCAGUUAUGAUGUAUAGAAAAAUGCACUUGUGAACGCAGCUUAGCAUAACAGAUUGAGCAGAUUUGUAGAAAAGUUUUUAAAUGGUGAGUAAAAAGUUCAGAAUAUUCAGAAAACACUAAAAAAUUCAGAACUUGACCAAGCUGGAAUGGGGAUGGUGGAUAUGUCAUUUUACUGUGAUCUCUCUCUCUCUUGACUGACACUGACACUUGACUGACACUCUCUUGAACUGACACACAAACACACACACACACACACACACACACGACAGUUCCGCCGCUGAUUUCUGCUGUUGUGUUUUCUCUUUCAUAUGUAUAUUGCUGUGCAUAACAUAGAAAAGCCAUGACCUCCAAAAUAUUGUUUUUACCAGCCAGAGGAUUCUCAGUGUCUGUGUAAAAAAACCCUGAUAGGGAGCUUUUCUGUUUUUCCUUUCUAAAUGUACAUAUAAGACCUGGGAUGAGUGUUUUUUUUGUUUGCAUUUUGCUGAUCUUAAUUUAGUCCCCUGUGCUGUUAAAGAUGUCAUGUGCAUCCUGCCACAUUGGCCUUUAAAGUGAGCUGCAAGUUCCUCUGAGUGUACUUUCAUAUAUUUUACACAUUGUGCAGUUUGUUCAUCUAAACACUGGGACUAUUUGUAAUUGUACAUUUUAAGGUUUUUAUUAUUAUUAUUAUUAUUAUUAUUAUUAUUAUUAUUAUUAUUAUUAUUCUGAGUAGUUUAAUUUAGCUGAUCUCAUCCAUCUGAUGAUUGAUGUGUACAUUGGUGUGUGAAGCAUAUGAGGAAUGACAAUCUGGCUCGAGUUCUUGGAAUAAAAAAGGCUUUGCUGUUUAUAAACCAAA